CUCGYCCAAAAUGGCGAGUUAUAGUGGAAGGUACAUCCAUGUCUUUGAUAGAUGGCUURGCUUUGGUCGGUAAUAUCCUUGUAUGGGUAGCUGUUGUCCGAAAUCCUCAUCURCGGAAGAUCCCCACCAAUGUCUUCAUCCUUUCUCUYGCAUUAUCAGACAUAACCAUGUCUAUUACAUGUAUGCCGAUCUCUGUACUUGUACUCAUUCAAGGCCGAUGGUCRCUUGAUUCCACAGUUUGCCAAUUUCAUGGAUUCUUCUUCUUCGUCCUGGCGUUCGUGUCCCUGCAGACGGUUGCCUUGGUUGCGUUAAAUCGUUACAUGAGCGUUGCUAAACCAAGUGCAUAUCGAUAUGUAUUCACAUAUAAGAACUCUAUUAUAAUGGUUAUCGUUAUAUGGUUGGUGUGUGGGUUCUAUGUGAGUAUCUUUAUGAUAUUCAACCAUAACAUGUUUGUAUUCGACGCAGGAAAAGUUAUCUGYCAUAUUCACCUGGACCGACGCCCUUUYAAAAUCGCAUGGAAUAUACUAACAGGGUUAGUAUUYGCUCUGUUGCCUAUGGCAACUAUGUUUCUAUGUUACUAUAAGCUAUUCCGUGCUAUAAGACUCCACAAUCUUCUGACAAUUCGCUCCAUACGWGGAUCAUUACCACUAGCAACGAACACYGAAGAGAUUCAUGUCACYAAAGUCAUCGUCGCCAUUAUGGUAGGGUUCUCAUGCUGUUGGUUGCCCUCAUUUUCUAUUGCUUAUAUCAGACUUUUAAUUCCCUUACGCGGCAGGRCGCCGCACUUGAUCUACAUCUACUUAGUUUACAGUUCUAGUAUGAUAAAUCCAUUUAUUUAUGGGAUUUUAAACAGCACAUUUCGUGGAGAGUUUCUUAAGAUUCUUCUGUGUGGRCGCAAGAAGGCUCCUUCUGCGGACUCUGAGGCAUUUGAAAUGAAACGAAUCGACAUUGAUCGACACAGUAUUCAUCCUUAAUAUUAAUACAUUAAUAUUGAUUUAAUAAGUUCUCUUAAGAAGAUGGAGAGGCGCAGAGUUGAAUUGCAGUCUUUUAUAAAACGUCAGUAUGCUAAUCUCUUAAGGUCUAAAAACAGUUAAGAUGAAAUUACAUGUAAAUUUGCAAAAAAAAAAAUGGUGUAAAAAUGAAUGCGCAUGCAUGAGAUUAGAAUAUUAUUAUCGUAUUAUCUGGAAAUAAUAGGGAAAAAAUCACUAAACGCAUUUUCUGUUAAUUAAUUUUAUCGUUUUUUGCACCUUUUAGUACAUAUCAAAUUAGGACUGUGUACAAUAUAAUUCGCUGUUGCUUAAUUGUUGUUGGUCGUUCUYUCGCCAAUAAACUAUUCAUAUCAGAAACGCAUUCCCAAGGCUUUUCCUCUCCUUAUUCACAGCACACUAUUGCCUGCAUCCCUUCCAUUCGCUAACCUUCAUUGGACAUACACGUACAUGUUUUGAAAAGCUAUCGUUCAAGUUACGACGUUUCAGCGAAAUUUUUUUUGUUCAGUACACAGUAGAUAACACAAACAUUGAUUUGCAUAUAUUAGUACCGCUAGUUUCUGUACUUUAACGUUUUCUUGGGAUAACGUUGAUCGACACUCUAAGUUUCACUUUCGUGUUGGAUUAAGCACUUCAAUAUACAGGCAAAUUAUUAAGAAUAGUGAAUACAGGCGGGCAAUCCAUAAUUCUAGGGAUGGUGGUCUUUGUUUAUUGUUUAAGUCGCCGUCUCUUUCGAUSUGAAUUUYUUCCAUAAUCCUCUUCUUUUCAAUAAUUGGCGAUGCUUGCUUAACAAACGGCUAGAAAAACAACAUCUGUUGAUGGUUUAUCAAGCACUUUAGCUCGUCCCUUCAUAAAGGUGGCUUUAAAGUCACACUCUAACAGGUUCACUGUCGCUGGAGUACGGUAGKACGUGGUUCAAACCAAACACGAUGGUAAAAAAUACCACAAAAAGCGAAAUCCACGACAUAACGCACUGCACCAGAACUAGAACUGGGUAGUCUUUCUCAAUAUACGCCAUUACGGACGCGAGGAAAGUCGACAAGAUGUGRGAACACAUUGGAAUCAAGCAGGCGAACUUCACCUGCGCCCAAAUGCUUUUUUGACAAUAAUACAACAACAGCCACGCUAAAAUGAUGAUAUAUGCGGCCAAAAACGUCCCCAAAGUCACUACAGUCGCCUCCGUAUAGUGUUUAAAAACGGCUACAACAAUAUGCAGCGAUGUAGUAGCAAGAACAAAGCUACCCGAGACUGAAGCGCCAACAAUACUCGUAUGUUUUUGCGAAGAACUCUCCUCCAUAUAGAGAACUACGCUUCCAAACACUUAUUUUUUUCUUUCAAACGAUGCGAGCAACUUAAAUCAGGCAGUAAUGGUAUCCUUUAGCGAGCGAGAGACAAGAUGAAAAACUCAAAAUUCAGAUUAGAAAGCCGUUUUAUUAGCAAAGCUUGGUCAAGAAAAACUGGUUUCUUGCUUGGUUCAACCAGUUCAAAUAUGCAAAUUUAUARAAAACCACGGACAAAAGGGUGUCACGGUUGACCUUAUUGAAGGACAACCUGACAGUCAGCAAAAACCYCRAGAAAUAAUUCCCGACACUGAAACGGUAGAAAACAACAGAUUUCGUGUAACUCGACGUAGAUUGAUAAUAUCUGUGAUAUUAACAACGCGCUCAACAAGGCACAGACGGAUAUUCAUAGCAUAAUUAAAUUAAAUAAAUCCACGUGAAUUACUGGGCUUAAGCGAUGUCAGGGUCUACUAUCCUUUAAACCGGUAUUUACUCAUUCCGAAAAUGAAAAAAUUUGUGUGACCACUUUCUUUUUUACCACAAGGGUAGUGAAAAGUAAAAAAAAACAUUUUUAUCUAAAAAACGUUAACCAACUAGUAAUCUGACAGUAGAGAAAAGCGAUCCAAUAUACCACUUCGACUUUUGAGUGUAUAACUGAAUAUGUACUGCCUGACGUGGGGCCAUGUGUCAUUUCUUCGAGUGUUUACUCCUCUAUAAUGUUYUGUCUCACGCAAAGAGAAUUAUAUGAUUCAUGAGUUAGGUCUAAGAAAUCGUCUGAUGGCAACAAGUCUUCCAGGAGAGGAGGGAAKUCAUUGAAAAUUGUAGGGAURUUCUUCACAUACCUGAUGGCUGGAAAUGUGAAGGUGUUAUAUKCCUUGUAUACCGUCUAGGGGCAACAUAAGUGCAAAAUAACUGGAUACAAUAAUGAUCACAACACCAACAACUAUAAUUACAACAACAACGACA